UUUUUAACUCCGGGAAAUUCCCGCCACAAGGCAGCAAUGGUGGAACAAAUUGAUGUGGAAGAUGUUGACUGCUUGUUUCAGAGAGCGGCCGAGCGAAUGAGGAGCAAUACAAACCUCCAGCUAAGUGAUGAACAGAGACUAGAGCUGUAUGGAUACUAUAAGCAAGCCACUGAGGGUCCCUGCACUUCAAGAAAACCAGGUUUCUUUGAUUUCACUGGUAAAGCUAAAUGGGAAGCAUGGAAUAAAUUGGGUACUCUGUCAUCAAGCAAAGCUAAAGAACAAUACGUAAGACUAGUCGAUGGGAUAGAUCCAAGAUGGAGAGACUCUGAUAAAGAUGAAGAGAAAAGUCAUUCAAGUGGGAAUCGUAGUAAUCUAGCUGGCCCUGUGGUGAGUAGAAUGGCUGUCAAGGAGGGUGAAGAAGACAAGCUAACCGAACUCCAGAAGAAGAUUAUUGAUUGGUCAACUGAAGGCAAUGUAGAGAGAGUAAAGGAGUGUAUAGCUAAUGGAGAGAGCACAGAAACUAAGGAUGAGAAUGGUAUGACGCCACUACACUGGGCAUGCGAUCGUGGUUAUAUUGAUAUUGUGGAAUGUCUUAUUCAAAAUGGAGCUGAUGUUCAAGCAAAAGAUAAUGAUGAACAGACUCCACUUCAUUAUGCUACAUCAUGUGGUCAUCGCGAUGUUGCUCUCUUUCUAAUCAAAUCAGGAGCAAACGUCACAGCAAUAGACAAUACUGGUCAAUCACCAGUUGAUGUUUGCGAACAAAAUAUCAAAGAUAUAUUCAAUUGAAUAAUAAUAAUGAUAAUAAUAAUAA